AUGCUCGGGCCAGACUGGAAGGAAGGCCACGAUAUGCACGACCAUGGUAAACCUUCCGAGUUACUCCUACCUGAAGACAACGCUGCUGCAUUGCAGAUCAUAUGUUCUGUCAUUCACCAUAAGAACAGUGAAGUACCUCGAAACCUCGCUGUUGACGAUGUCCUCGCAGUCGCUGUAGCCACGGACAAGUAUGACUGUGGCAAUGCUCUCAGAUUUGCGAGCGAAAGCUGGCUUCGAACCUCUGGAAAAUCAGCUGGUAACCUCAUGCUUCUCACUGCCGCAGCAUACCUUUUCCAGAACGCACAAGCUUUCAAGGAGAUUACAAGAGCAUUGAUACUUGACUAUGAUGGUCCUUAUCUUGCUCUUUGCUGGGAAGAAGCUGAAUCUCUGAUGGCGUGGAGGGUGUUCUGUCUGCUGGAACAGCAGAGAGGAUUCGCAAGACUCGAACUAGCAGAUAUUCUUAUGGCAGGGGUGAACGAUAGGACUGGGGCGUGCGUUCACAAGUGCGGAUGGACGAGCAAAUAUGCGAAUCAAGCACUUCGUGUAUUCACGAGCGCAAGCACGCUGCUCCAGCCUACAGGAGAGACCGCAGAGGGAGAGUUGACACACUCCUCGACAGUAUCGGACUUUGUCUACGCUGCGUUCGGUCAGGCAGCAUGA